CAUGGAUUAUCUUUGGCGAAUCCUAAUCUACCCUUCGAGGUGUGGGUUGCUAUUUUUGUUAUCGAUGAUGCCUUCUCUGCUCUCCCUUCCUCCCAGCUUCUCUGACCCAUGGUUCCCAUCGGCUGGGCCAAGGUACAAUAUCCCUGGCCCCGCUGUCUCUUUGGGCUGCUGUUCCAGCUGCUUUUGACUCUAUGCCUCUUCUCUUACCUGCGCAUGGCUCCAGGCAAGCCCUGGACCAUGGAACCCCUGGCCAAAUCUGCCAAAGAGUCCUGCCAGUUGACCCCCAGCCGCCCACCACUGGUCGUCCUGCUGUGGACGUGGCCCUUCAGAGUCCCUGUGCAUCUGUCCCAAUGCUCCAGGCUGUGGCCCGGCACGGCCGACUGCCAGCUGACCACCAACCGCAGGGUGUACCAGCAGGCAGAUGCGGUCAUUGUGCAUCACUGGGACAUCACGUCCAGGCCUUGGGCACAGCUCCCACCCUCCCCACGGCCACCGGGCCAGCGCUGGGUCUGGUUCAACUUGGAGCCACCCUCCAUUCUCAGAGCACUAGAUGGCUACUUCAACCUGACCAUGUCCUACUGCAGCGACUCGGACAUCUUCACACCCUAUGGCUGGCUCGAGCCGUGGCCUGGCCAGCCUGCCGAAGCGCAGGCCCACCUCUCAGCCAAGACCAAGCUGAUGGCCUGGGUGGUGUCCAACUGGGAAUUGAACUCGGUCCGGGUGCAGUACUACCAGCAGCUGCAGCCCCACCUGAAAGUGGACGUGUACGGGCGCUCCCACCAGCAGCUGCCCUCCGCCAACAUGAUGGAGGUGCUGGCCCAGUACAAAUUCUACCUGGCUUUCAAGAACUCCCUGCACCCCGAUUACAUCACGGAGAAACUGUGGAAGAAGGCACUCCAUGCCUGGGCCGUGCUGGUGGUCCUGGGCCCCAACAGAAGAAACUACGAGCGCUUCCUGCCACCUGAUGCCUUCAUCCACGUGGACGACUUCCCAAGCCCCCAGGCCCUGGCCCAGCACUUGCAGGCACUGGACAAGGACCAGGCCAGCUACCUGAGAUACUUCCACUGGCAGGAGACACUGAGGCCCUGCUCCAUCAGCUUGGCCCUGGCCUACUGCAAGGCCUGCCGGCGGCUGCAACAGGACUCCAGGUACCAGAUGGUGCCCAGCAGAGCCUCCUGGUUCACAUUAGCCACGGCCUGGGGCCUGGGCUGUUGGGGAUCUCACCUGCAGGGACUUCACUGGCCAGGAGGAAUCUCACUUCCUGGGGACCUCACCUGCUGGGACCUCACCUGCCAGGAGGAACCUCAGCUUCUGGGGACCUCACCUGCCAGGGUAUCACUUUCCAGGGACCUCAUCUGCUGGGGACUGUACCCACCAAGGCACUCACCCUCUGGGGAAGCAGAUCCCUGGGAGGCGCGAGUGGUGCUCCAGUAG